GCUGGCUCCUAUUUCGCCAGCUCCUGCAGUGACAGCUGGAGGGCCUAGGAGAUGAAGUUCCUGGCUCCCACCCGGGUCUUCCACUCUCCACCCCCCCCCCAAUGGAGAAUCGAUUGAUUCCUAACGUCCCCAGGCAAGGGCACUGGGGGGUGGGGAGCACUGGUGGGCUGGGCCCGGUUCAGAGACCCGCCAGGUGAGGGAAGGAUUGCAGCUGAUUUCUGGAACUGACCAGAGCCUGCAGAAGUGGCUUCAAUGCCUUGGCCUUGCCCUGCAAAGAUCUCUUUGCUUUCUGAAACCCAUCUUCCCUCAUGCCCCUUACCUGUCCCUGGGGACAUCAUCUUUGGAGCUCCUGGGGAUCACUGAUGGGGAGAAGUUGGGCAGAGCCAAGGCCCAGGUGGCAGCUGUCCGGAGAAGAAUGUGAACAAGGAUGUGUUUUCUCCUCAGGGUGUGUGGCCUGAUUCCCAGGAGGAUCUACCCUGGGUUGCCAUGAGAGAGACUUUUGAGGCCCUCAGCUCCCUGGGAUUCUCUGUGGGACAGCCGGAGAUGGCCCCCCAAAGUGAGCCUGGGGAAGGGUCCCAUAAUAACCAGGAGCAGAUGUCCCCUUCCAGGGAAGACAGCAUGCUGGGCACAUGCUCUGGACACGAGGCCCCCAGACCAGAGGAAGGCGCCCACACUGAAGAAACUCAAGGCCCUGGCAGAGGAGGCCAGGCAUGCACGCCACAGAAGGCCGAGCCCAUGGGCUCCUGCCCAGGGGAUGAGUGGAUGAUACGGAAGGUGAAGGUGGAGGAGGAGGAUCAGGAGGCGGAAGAGGAGGUCGAGUGGCCGCAGCAUCUAGCGUUACUCCCCGGCCCUUUUCCCGCGCCGGACCUGGGGCCUCUGGCCGCUGCGUACAAGCUGGAGCCUGGGCCCCCAGGGGCCCUGGAAGGACUCGCGCUGGCCGGGUGGGCCCCGACCUCGGAGAAGCCCUACGGCUGCGGGGAGUGCGAGCGGCGGUUCCGGGACCAGCUGACUCUGCGGCUGCACCAGAGGCUGCACCGCGGCGAGGGCCCGUGCGCCUGCCCGGACUGCGGCCGCAGCUUCGCGCAGCGCGCGCACAUGCUGCUGCACCUGCGCAGCCACCUGGGCGAGCGGCCCUUCCCCUGCUCCGAGUGCGACAAGCGCUUCAGCAAGAAGGCGCACCUGACCCGCCACCUGCGCACGCACACGGGCGAGCGGCCCUACCCGUGCGCCGAGUGCGGCAAGCGCUUCAGCCAGAAGAUCCACCUGGGCUCGCAUCAGAAGACGCACACGGGCGAGCGGCCCUUCCCCUGCACCGAGUGCGAGAAGCGCUUUCGCAAAAAGACACACCUGAUCCGCCACCAGCGCAUCCAUACGGGCGAGAGGCCCUACCAGUGCGCCCGGUGCUCCCGCAGCUUCACGCACAAGCAGCACUUGGUGCGGCACCAAAGGGUGCACGAGGCGGCCGGCCGCGCCCCCUCCUCUCCCGACGCGCCCGCCUCGCCGGGUUCCCCGGCCCCGUCCCCGACCCCGUCCCCUCCUGGGCCCAAGCCUUUCUCCUGCUCCGACUGCGGCCUGAGCUUCGGCUGGAAGAAGAACCUCGCCACGCACCAGCGCCUGCACCGCGGCGAGGGGCGCCCCUUUGGGUGCGACCAGUGCGCGCUGGGCGCUACCGUGGACGCCGCCGCCGCCGAGCCCUUGGCCUGCGCGCCCGGUGACACGCCGGCGACCCAGGGCGCUCCCGCCAGCGAGCGGUCCUCUUGCGCGGACUGCGGGCGCGGCUUGGCCCACGGGCAGCAGCCGGCGCGGCAGCGGCGGGUGCACCCGGGCGAGCGGCCCUUCGCCUGUGCGCAGUGCGGCCGCCGCUUCGGCUCGAGGCCCAAUCUGGUCGCGCACUCCAGAGCCCACAGCGGCGCCAGGCCUUUCGCCUGCGCGCAGUGCGGCCGCCGCUUCAGCCGCAAGUCGCACCUGGGCCGCCACCAGGCGGUGCACACGGGCAGCCGGCCACACGCCUGCGCCGUCUGCGCCCGCAGCUUCAGCUCCAAAACCAACCUGGUGCGCCACCAGGCCAUCCACACCGGCUCCCGCCCCUUCUCCUGCCCGCAGUGCGGCAAGAGCUUCAGCCGCAAAACCCACCUGGUGCGGCACCAGCGCAUCCACGGCGAGGCCGCCCACGCGGCCGCCGACGCCGACCUCUCGGCCCCUGCCUGGCCCACUCCCUCAGAGGCAGCGGCGCCCCCCCUCUUCUUCUGAGCCGUGUUCUCUCCAGGAGCCUUCUUUGGCUCGCUGGUUGGAGAGACCCCAUGCCCGACAUCUUCUGGGCGGUAAGCACGACGGCCUGGGCCCCGAUGGCUGUUCUCUGCCCUCUUUAUCUUGCCGGAGAGGAAGAAGUCUGGGCAGGAUGACCAGCUUUGGCAUUCUGUGACAAAGACAAUGCUAAGAGUGAGCCCUUGCUGGGAACGUGAGUCCUGGAAAGA